AUGAUGAUGAUGGUGAGGAAGAGUGGUAGUUAUGAAAGCCAAGUGGUGAAGGUGGGAAAGGAGAAGAUUUUGGGGUGUUUGACAUGCUCGAUUUGCGAUAAGCUCUUCGUCGACGCCACGACUAUUUCAGAAUGUCUUCACACCUUUUGCAGGAAGUGCAUUUAUGAGAAGAUAGCAGAUGAAGAGUUGGAUCACUGUCCAGUAUGCAAUACACAUUUAGGCUGUGUUCCACUUGAUAAACUCAGGGUUGAUCACAAUUUGCAAGAUCUAAGAGCCAAAAUCUUCCCUUUCGAGACCAAAACCGGCAAUGCGUCUCAUGCUGUGCCCUCAGCUCCAUUUCAAGCUAAAAGAAAGGAGAGAUCUCUUUCUUCCUUGGUUGUCAAUGCCCCUAGAGCAAGACCCGAAAGUUGUUUUACUGCAAGAAGAAAAAACCCCACAAGAAAAAAUCUCGUUCGAUCAGAAUCCGCUCAUCUUGAUCACAAGCCUGUUAAAAAGGCAGAUGAAUGUCUGGAGAAGAUACUCAAAAUUGCAGCCAAUGGAAAGCAGGCAGAAGAAGAGACUUCUAGAAAUGAGUCAUAUAAGCAACAAAUUCAAAAAGAUAAUGUAGAGGAUAAUGCCAAACCAUUUGAAGGGAAAUCUGAUAUGUGGAAACCCUUGAAAACUAUGGUUGAGGCUCCAAGCAAAACAAAGGCGAAAAAGGCCAAUCUACAAGAGACUAUGGUUGAGUCUGUUGGCCUUAACAGUGAAGUUUAUGAGCCUAAAGUAAGAGUUAAGAAACAAGGGAAGAGGUCGAGAGUCCAUGGUAGCGGAAGCGACGAGACUCUUGAGCCUUCUGGCUCGGUGAAGCGCAGAAAGACACUUCGACAAAGAAGGGCGGCUACCUCGGGUGGAUUUAAUGUUCCAGCACGAAGUAUGGAGGUUGCAAAUAGUGAAUUUGGCAGAAGAUUUGGACCAAUUUGGUUCUCUCUAAUUGCUUCCAAUGAACAGCAAGGGAAUGCACCAUUGCAGCAGAUACCCUCAUGCUACUUGAGGGUUAAGGAUGGUAGUUUACCUGUUUCUUUGGUAAAAAAAUACCUGGCGAGAAAACUGGGUCUUGCUAGCGAGGCUGAGGUAGAGAUUUCACUGCGUGGUCAGCCGGUGAAUUCGACAUUCAAACUACACAACUUAGUGGACUUGUGGAUACGGACAGCGCCGUCGUCGGAUAGGAUACAGACAUCGGCCGGCAGCUCAGGCAAGGAUUUUGUGAUGGUUCUGUCUUAUGGUAGAAAAAGCUCCGCAUGAACACGUUUUAGCAAUUCCAAAAGUUACAUCUCUGUCAAGAGUCACACCGGGUCUUGAAUAGCAUCACUGAUCUCCGGAGCAGCAUUUUCAUUUGUUAUUAGUUGCGACCCUCUCAUGCAUAUUUUUCCGAAAAUGCAUAUCGAGUGGUGUUAACGUUGCUUGC